UGGGGCGUGUGAGCGCUGCAUCAUUGGCCAAUUGGGGCUCGAGCCGCAGGGCUUUCGGAUUACUAGAUUGAAUUCCAUCAAAUCGCGUCCACGCUCAGCGCUUGGCCAUCCUGACAAGCACCCAGCCUGCCCUGGCAAAAAGUUGACUACAAUCGACGGUCGCCCCAACAUGACCACCGCCGUGUCCCUCGAGACCACUAUGGGCACCAUAGUGGUCGAGCUGUACACGGAGCACGCCCCGAAGACGUGCGAGAACUUCUCCCAGCUCGCGCGGCGCGGCUACUACGACGGCACCCUCUUCCACCGCGUCAUCCCCGACUUCAUGAUCCAGGGCGGCGACCCGACGGGCACGGGCCGCGGCGGCUCGUCCAUCUACGGCGACAAGUUCGCCAACGAGAUCAGCCCGUCGCUCAAGCACACCGGCGCCGGCGUCCUCAGCAUGGCCAACGCGGGCCCCGACACCAACGCGGGCCCCAACACCAACGGGUCGCAGUUCUUCAUCACGCUCGCGCCCGCGCCCUGGCUCGACGGCAAGCACACCAUCUUCGGCCGCGUCCGGUCGGGCAUGAGCGUCGUCAAGCGCAUGGGGCUCGUGCCCACGGGCGCCGAGGACAGGCCGGCGACGGAGCUCAAGGUCGUCAAGGCCUCGAUCGUGACCGAGGACGACGACGCCAUGGCAUAGGAACAUGUGGCUGGAGACGGGGGGGGCUUCUCCUGGCCUAUUUGUUACUUGGCACCACGGCUGGGACUAGGGUUCGAGCUCAGCCCACGAGAAUAUGACGACAUACACAGCAUGAACGGCGAUGGCCGCUGGCGUUGGUAUAUAGCACUAUGAUAUGAUACCCCAUUUGCAGUAACCUACAGUAGAACCACUCACAGGCCAGGGCC